GCAGCGACCCGCGCCGGCCCCCGCCUGCAGGGGGUAAUUGGGCGAAGGUCAGGGGCGGACGCGCAGCAGCAGCUGCCGCUAGAACAGCCCGGCCCGGCCCGGCCCGGCCGCCGGGGCUCCGCGGCCGCGUCACGGUUCGGGGCGGGAGCCCUUGAGCGCCCCGCUCCCCCUGCCGCGCCGCCGCCGGCGUCUGAGCAGCCCGCGCGGGGGUCCCCGGCUUUGCCAAGGGGGCGCUGGGCCGAGCCGCCGCGGGUCCCGGGCUCCCCUAUCCCGCCGCGGCUCCUCCCUGCCCAGGAGCCCCGCCAGCCGCCGCCCCGCCCCGCACGUGGGUCGGGCCGGAGGUCUGGGAAGAGGGUGGCCCCGGGCGCUGCGCCCACAUCCCGGAGAAGCAGCGGAGCGGUGACCCGCCCGGGCUCCGAGCCAGCGUGACGGAGCUGGGGUGGCGGCGGGCCCGGGGCGUGUGAACGGCAGAGUCUCCCCCCCCCCCCGCCCCGCUCCUCGGUCAACAACAGCCCCCGGCCAUGCCGCGCCCCGGCGCCGCGCUGCUCCUCUGCCUGCUGCUGCUGAGCCGGCCCGAGCCCCUCGCCGCAGAAUCGCCAUUCCAGUUACCAGCACCACAGAAUAUGACAGUUUACUCAUAUAAUUAUCAGAAUUUAUUGAGAUGGGCUCCUGUUAAAGUGGAUAAUGGCUCAGUGUUAUAUACGGUUCAGUACAGUACCCCAGUAUCCUGUCUUCUGAAAGUGGCCAAUGCCAGGUGCCCCAGAGGGAAUGAACAGAACAGAAUGGCCUGUGCUUGUUGGGAAGAAAUUAACUGCACAAACAUUACAAAGACUGAAUGCAAUUUCACACAUCCAAAUAUCAAAAGCUUUUGGACAAUUACUUUACGUGUUAGGGCUGAGCUAGGACAAGUGAAAUCUGACUGGGUGGAAACAAAUACAUUUGUAGCAGACCAAAACACUAUUAUAGGGCCUCCCGUUAUAGUAAAUGUGGAUUCAACGCCUGAUUCGCUUUUCCUUAGCUUUGUGCCCCCUGUGAAAGAAGAUACUUUACAAUAUCUUGCACGCUACUGGGAGAAAUCAACAAAUAAACAACAUGAAACAGAAUGGACCAAGAAUACCCGAAUCGGACUUCUGAAUCUAAAGCAACUGACAGAGUAUUGUUUUCAACUACGAGCAAAAGUCCAAGUAUUACAUGACAACAUUGGACCACUAAGCAAAACUGAUUGUCACAGAACUGCAGCUAGUGAUGCAACCAGAGCUGGAUUUGUUGUAAUAAUAUUUGUUGCAGCCACAAUUACUGUGGUGUUCUUAGCAAUUGUCUGUUUCCUUUUUAUUCAGAAAUUUCAUCAAGUCGUUAAAUAUUGGUUUCAACCUCCUUUUAAAAUUCCUCCACAUAUUGAAGAGUAUUUAAAGGAUCCUGGAAUGCCUGUUUUAGAAGAAUUGCAGAAUAAUUGUGCUGAGGAAGAUCCCUGGGACUCCUUGUCAGUUGUUUCCAAUGCAGAGGGAAGUCAAGCACUAGUAAAGUACACUCUGAACACACACGUUCAUUCAGACAGCAGAUCCAUUGAAAGUGGAAAGAACUUAAUUAUAUUGCAGCAGAAGGACCUGUACCAGUGCCUUGAUGCUAUAGAAAGAGGAUAGUGUCAUUGUCGACAAACCAAGUUGUGGGAGUCUUGACUUCCUGAGAACAUUGUGUAACCUUGAGUGGGGUUUUAAUGGUUUCUAUUGCAAUUCACAAUACGAAGUGCCAUCUCCAAGAGAGACUUUUUUUAAAAACGGAUUUGAAUGUGAACUGGAAAUGAACACUAAACGAGCAGGGAAAGGACAACAACAUGAUUGGAGUAAAAUGGCUACAUUUGAACAUCUUUGCAGAAAUGACUGCACUAUUACUAUGAACAGUGUUGAUUAUUAAGUUUAUCUAGGUUCUAACGAAUCUUAGUGGACCGUAGCACUUUAUGGUAGGAUAUAGUACUAGAAAGAAUUUUUCAGUGAGUUAGUAGAUUACUGCACCAUGAAUGAUUAUUGAUCUUUGCUCAUCAGUACUUGUAUAUAAAGUCUGUCCCUUAACACACAGUAAGUUAGCACUCAGAAAAUGGCACUUAAAAUUUUAUAUAUGUGAAAAAUUGCUCUGAAUGUGGUGCUCUAUAUCUGAUGGAAAUUGCAUGUUUUCAGGAAUCCAUUUUGUGCCCCCCCCCCCUUUUGUGUGUUUAAAAAAAAAAAAAAGUUGUUCCAGUAAAAGAUGAAAGAUUUAUAUUAGCUGAGGAGAAACCAGCACAUAAUUCACUCCCAAUUAAGGAACCGUCAUGGAAGGAGUGCUUCCAGGGACAGACAGAUUGGAUCAUUUUUCCCCGAGCCUUCUGAGGCUUGCACAACAAUGGCAUUAAUUUCUUCUAUGACUGCAGUGUGGAGAUGCUCUCUCUGUAGGCAUCACAUCCUUUACAGUGAAAUGAAAUCCUAAAGCUUGUAUCAGACACUAAAAUAUAAUAAGUUUGGCUACCUGGAGAGCCCUUCCAAAAGUCAUUCAACAGAACUUGUCAGGUUUUGAUGCACAUGAACCAAAGCUUUCUGUGUAGUCAGAGUACACAUGGGCAAGAUGUGUCAAACAUAGGGUUUACCCACAAUUAGUGGACCUAAGAACAAAGCCAUGGUUCUCUCACCUGCUCAGGCAAGUUCUGACUGCUAGUGAAGACAAGACCCAGGAUAUGGAAUGUGGCUGCUUGGAGAAUGAAGCAUCUGAAAAUUCUUUACACCACUUUAUCGUAUACAUGAAAAUCUUGCUGUUAAAAAUCCUACAAUGUUUAUUGGAAUAUUAUUUGUAUUGUAGUAUUAAUAGAAAUAAUUUAAAUAUGGAAAAA